GGGAAUAGGCCUUGGCCCUCUCUACUUACAAAGAGAGUGCCUACUUCCCUCCCCCAACUAUGGCGGUCAAUGAUCAUGUGCCUGGCCGCUGUAAGUAGUUCAAAAGUCAAAAGUAAACGUUUACAAGAAUAUAUUAAUCCACCAAACUAUAUAUAUAUAUUUUAAUCUUUUUGUCAACGUUUCUCUCUUGACAGCUUGUAUUGUAAAUGCAAUCUUCAUCCAACUAGCCUAGAUUAUCUUCUUGAUUGCUUGUUCAGUUCUUGUUUUACAGGUCUUUCCAUUUGAGAAUUUGACAAGGAACCUAAACGUCUUAUACAUCAAGUUAAACCAUGCUAAACUUGGUCUCUGCUCUUGUAUUGAUAUUGCUCUGUUACCUUCCUUCUCUUCACCAUGCUUGCAGCCAGUUUGAUCGUCAAUCUCUUUUGUCAUUCUCUCUCAACAUCUCAUCUUCCCCACCAUUGAAUUGGUCGGUAUCCGCUGACUGUUGCUCGUGGGAAGGGAUUGGCUGUGAUGCUGAUGGGAAAGUAACCAGUCUAUGGCUGCCUUCAAGAGGCCUAAUUGGUGUUUUCCCCUCAUCUGUCUGGAACCUGAAACUUCUCUCUCAACUCAAUCUAUCCCACAAUCGAUUCUCUGGUUCUCUUGUCAGUGAUUUCUUUUUGUCCUUGGAUGCACUUGAGACUCUUGAUUUGAGUAACAACCUCCUUGAUGGUGAAUUGCCAUCCUUCUUUCCAUCCAAGUAUAUUAAGAUGAUAGACUUAUCCAGUAACAAUUUUCAUGGGGAAAUCCCUUCUACUUUCUUCCAGCUAGCUGCAAACUUGGUCGGUUUUAAUGUCAGUGACAACAGCUUUACAGGAUCUAUUCCUUCCUCCAUCUGUCUCAAUUCUUAUGUGCCUGUCAAGCUUCUUGAUUUCUCCUACAAUGAUUUUGGUGGUCUAAUACCCAACACCCUUGGGCAGUGUUCCCAACUUCAGGUUUUUCGGGCAGGUUUCAACAAUCUUUCAGGACCACUUCCCCAGGACAUAUUCCAACUUGUCUCCCUUCAAGAAAUCUCUUUACCUUCAAAUGGCCUCUCCGGACCCCUAAGCCCUGGCAUCAUCAAACUGACCAAUAUCAAAAUUCUUGAGCUCUAUGGUAAUCAGUUGACUGGUUUCAUCUCUCCUGAUAUUGGUAAGCUUUACAACUUAGAACAAUUGCUCCUACAUAUCAACAAUCUCACAGGCCCGCUUCCUGCAUCCCUUGCCAACUGUACCAACCUUGUCACUUUGAAUUUACGAUUCAACAACUUAGAAGGAGAUCUUGUGGCAUUUAAUUUCUCUAAACUUGUCAAGCUUCGUAUCCUUGACCUUGGUAACAAUAAGUUUACUGGCAGCUUGCCACCGACCCUUUAUUCAUGCUGGUCACUGACAGCAGUGAGAUUGAGCUUUAACAAGUUUGAAGGACAAAUUUUGCCCAAGAUAGUUGGUCUGAAAUCUUUGUCCUUCCUCUCACUUUCUCACAACAAUUUAACCAAUGUCACUGGUGCAAUGAGUGUACUGAAGAGAUUGAAGAGCCUCCGAAUUCUCCUACUCUCAAAGAAUUUUUGGAAUGAAUCAAUGCCAAAUGAUGACAAAAUAGGACAAUCAGAUGGAUUUCAAAAUCUCGAAGUCCUCGCUUUAGGUGGUUGCCUCCUCAGAGGUGAGAUACCAGCGUGGCUAGCUAAGCUCCAGAAGCUACAGGUCUUGGACCUAUCAUUCAACCAGAUCAUCGGUUCAAUUCCCACUUGGUUAAUAAGUCUACCAAGCCUUUUCUACAUAGACUUGGGUAAUAACUUCAUAUCAGGUGAAUUUCCCAGGGAUCUCAACUUAUUGCCAUCAUUGGCAUCAGCGGUGGCACACUACGAACUGGAUACAACCUAUCUAGAGGUGCCUGUCCUUGUCAAGACCAAGAAUGCUAACUAUCAGCAAUACAUUAAGCUCUCGCACCUACCACCAGCAAUAUACAUGAGCAACAACAGCCUUAGGGGCAAUAUCCCUGUCGAGCUUGGCCAACUGAAGUUCCUUCAUGUGUUGGAUCUGAGUGACAACAACUUCUCUGGAAGCAUUCCCAAUGAACUUUCCAAAUUGACCAACUUAGAGAAGUUGGAUCUCUCUGCAAACCAUCUAACUGGUGAAAUCCCUGCAUCAUUAAAAGGACUAAAUUUCUUGUCUUCAUUCAGUGUCGCGGACAACAAUCUUGAAGGACCUAUACCUUCAGGAGGCCAGUUUGACACUUUUCCUGCCUCUAGUUUCUUGGGCAAUCCAGGAUUGUGUGGUUCAAUUGUACAGCAUUCUUGUUCUGAUCAACCACAAAUUACCAAUCCUAUUCCUGAAGAAUCCUCAGAAAACACAGUUGUUUUUGGACUCAUUGCUGGACUAGCUUUUGGAUUUGUUGUUGGAUCUACCACUGGGUUACUUUACCCCAUCCACAGGCUAAAGUUCCUGCAGAAGUUAAUUGGGUUCCUUCAUCCAAAUGAACACAGAAAGUCAUCCAUAUCACCUUUGUAUGCCUCUUCAUAAAGCUGAAUUCCAUUUAUACAUAUGGUAGGAAAAGGAUUUGAUAGCUCAAGAUGUUAGAUCAUUUUGAAGAUGCUCAUCUAUCCACAUGCCUGUGUGCAUAUAUCUGUAUAAGUCUGUACAAGUGUGCAGGAUUCAAAUGUUAGAGUUACUACUAGGAUAUGUAUUGUGAGCUGAGCAAGUUUCAGCAAAGGCAUUUUAAGAAAUGAUAUCUCAAAAUAAA